UUCCCGCGAAACGUCCGUGGGUCUCUCAGGCUCCUCGGAGCGGCCCCGCGGCCCCGCGGGUGCUGGCGGCCGCCGCCAUCUUCCUCUCCUCCGGCUCCUCCUCGCUCGACGCGGGGGUGGGGACGCACCGAGACACGAGAAGAGAGGCGACCACUAGACGAGUGCGAGAGACCCACACGCACCAUGACCGAGACCACCAAGACCCACGUUAUCUUGCUUGCCUGCGGCAGCUUCAAUCCCAUCACCAAAGGGCACGUUCAGAUGUUCGAAAGAGCCAGGGAUUAUCUGCACAAGACUGGAAGGUUUAUUGUGAUCGGUGGGAUUGUCUCUCCUGUCCACGACUCCUAUGGCAAACAGGGUCUUGUGUCCAGCCGGCAUCGACUCAUCAUGUGUCAGCUGGCAGUCCAGAAUUCCGAUUGGAUCAGGGUGGACCCAUGGGAGUGCUAUCAGGACACCUGGCAGACGACCUGCAGUGUGUUGGAGCAUCACCGGGACCUCAUGAAGCGGGUGACCGGCUGCAUCCUCUCCAACGUCAACACACCUUCUAUGACACCUGUGAUUGGACAGCCCCAACACGAGACCCCCCAGCCCAUUUACCAGAACAGCAACGUGCCCACCAAACCCACCGCAGCCAAGAUCUUGGGAAAAGUGGGAGAAAGCCUAAGCCGGAUCUGCUGUGUCCGCCCACCCGUGGAGCGCUUUACCUUCGUGGAUGAGAACGCCAAUCUGGGCACGGUUAUGCGGUACGAGGAAAUUGAGCUGCGGAUCUUGCUGCUGUGCGGCAGUGACCUGUUGGAGUCCUUCUGUAUCCCAGGGCUCUGGAAUGAGGCAGAUAUGGAGGUGAUUGUCGGGGACUUUGGGAUCGUGGUGGUACCCCGAGAUGCAGCUGACACAGACCGAAUCAUGAACCACUCCUCAAUACUCCGCAAAUACAAAAACAACAUCAUGGUGGUGAAAGAUGACAUCAACCAUCCCAUGUCUGUUGUCAGUUCAACCAAGAGCAGGCUGGCCCUGCAGCAUGGGGAUGGCCAUGUCGUGGAUUACCUGUCCCAGCCAGUCAUCGACUACAUCCUCAAGAGCCAGCUGUACAUCACUGCCUCCGGCUAGCAGCUUCACAGCCCUCCGCUCCACUCUUCCCUCAUCCUCCACCAACACGUUGGCUCCACCAGUCUCUGUCAGUCCCCCUGUUUCUCUCCUGACUCUCUGUUUCUCCCUCUCCUCAUCUUGACUGUUCUCCCUACUUGCUGACUUAACCCCCACAGUGUGGGGGAGCUGCAGAGAACCAUGGCAUCCCCUUUUCCACAGUCAUCUUUGGACAAACUUUCCUCUAGUCUCUGGGUGUGGGGUAGGUGAGAGAUCAGGGGUGGGAGUAGGGGGAAGUGCGGUCUUCAGAGAUGUACUGGUAUCCGUCUCCCAGCAUGCUCUAGAGAAGCGGCUCUGGUGCCCAUCCUCCCAGCAUGCUCUGGGGAGGCGGCUCCGGCACUCGCCUUCCCAGCAUGCCCUUUACCACAAAGGGCUAUUUUCUUUCUUUCUUUCUGUUCCUCCACUUCUCAUAGAACUUGGAUGAAAUCAGUGUCCAUGGUUCUUUAUGUUUGUAGUCUUUGACGCACUCUUGUGGUAUUCCUUCCCUUUUGAUAGGCUACCCUAGUCAGCCUCGGCACUCAGUAAGUGCAUCAGGGUUGCACGCAGUAAAGAAGGCCAAGCCACCUCCCCUCUCCCAACACACACACACACACACACACACACACACACACACACACACACACACACACAGUCUUUGGCCAGGAGUGAGACCUCCAGGUUCUGAAACCUGAAGACAAAUCUAGGAAUAGUCAGGUUUCUCAGAAGAAUUUGAGCCCAUUUCCUUAGUUUCAGAAGACCAUUUUCCUGAUGCUCUGAGCCUAUGAUCACACAAAGCCAGUCCAUCCUUCUUUCUUGAGCCCCUCUAUUUGGCAUCUGUACAUUUAGUUACUUGGGUUGUAGCUGAUGGGCAGAGUGUGGGUUCCCUGCCAGUCCAGGAAUUUCUAAGUAAACUUCAGACCACCAGUCUCAGCCCCUGGGAGCCAUACCUGGGCACAUUCCUGCUUCUGAGAAGAAUUCUAUCUGCAAGGCCAAAUCCUGAUAAUGCAGUGAUUUCUUAAGUAAAACACACUAGGAAUUCACUCAACCUUAGAGAUCUUUGCUAAUUGGGAUUAUUUACUGCCCAUUUGGCUGGGAAAUAUAUCUUCCAUAACAUAAACCCAGGAUAAUUACUGAGAAUGCAAUUUGUUAUUCUGAUAGAAACUGAUGAUUCUUACCCUGUCUAGCUGAGGUAGCACAGAGUGCCUGUUUCUUGUGAAACAGUGCCUUGGUCCUAUUUCUGGGAACUGGGCCAUUAUUUUCUCCAGCCACAGUAACCACUUGAUGAGAUCUGUCAUCAGGUCUGCCAAGAGACCUUACCAUGGUCAGGAGCCACUAAGCCAAAUGGACUUUGGCAGUUUCACCUUUUUCUCCCUAAUUUCCCACCUUCCUCUGCUACUCUUGGAAAUAUGGUUGGACAGACUCUGUUCUGGUUAUUAAGCCCUUACUCAUGUCCUGCUUGGAGAGCCCAAAGGAACUCAUAUGCCAUGUGACUUUCAUCCAGACUCUGGCUCUUGGGUCUCUGGUUGUCUUUGAGGAAUUGUCCCCAAGAAGUAGGAUAUCUUUUCCCAAAAUCUAGUAGUAGUUAUGGCCCAGGAGGGACCCAGAAACAAUGUUCUUCACACAUUUUCAUAUCAGCAGCAUCCUUUGAUAGCCUGCAGAAAAGGGAACUGGAUUCAACAGAGGAGCAUAGUAGAGUGGCAUCAAGUGGGGUGUUACUCCUCUCGGAUUAUGGAAAUAAUCUCCAGGGGAGGGAAGAAAGAUCCUAUUCUUGGGUGUCAAUGUUUGGCUAAGACUCAUGGAGUCAUAAAACAGGAAAAAACUUGAAAGCUCAGUCGAUCCAACAUUGUUCUUUAAAAGACGAGGAAGCAGAGGUUCACGGGAUUAAAUGGCUGUCCAAGGUCACACAGCUUCCCCCAACACUAAGGCCAUCGCGCCUCAUGGUCUCCCUCCCUCCAGUUCCCUGAGAGGCUGACCAGGUAACAGGUGGUUUCUUCCCUUCUCCAGCCCUUAUCUGAUAACUUUCUCUUAAAUUAUGUGUGUCCCGGGUGCUCCCCACACAUGGCCUUGUGUGUGCCAGUCCAAGGGAAGGAUAGGAUGAUAAGGAAGGACAGAGCUAGGAUUCCCUUAGAAAUCAAGCGAUCUCAGCAGAUUGGUGGGAAUCCCAAAAAUUGACCCUCUGAAGCCAAGAAAGGAUUGCUUUGCAGAAGGCUAAGGAGGACACUGAAAAUUCUCAGGAUGAUACUAUUGCUGGUAAGAGAAAGAGGGAAGAGACUUUGUCCAAGCAAAAGAACCAUUAGCAAGGAAAUGAAACACAGGAAAAUAAGGUACUGGAUUUUCUGGGGAAACAUGGCAUUUGCAAAGAUAAAGAAUUUAUGGAUGGAGCUCCAAAGCUGGUCGUGUGGAUCCACAUAAGCAGACCUGAGAAAGACAGGAUUUCUUUUAUCUCUUAGGUCCACCUUUGUUAUUCUGCUGGAUUCUAUGGUCAAACCCCUUUAGUCCACAGUCCACAAGGAGGAAUAGGACUGGCUCUGCAUGCUCAGUGUGGGGGCAGGAAGGCAUGUGGGAUGGCAGAGUGAGAUGAGUUAAGGAAAGGAACAGGAACAUUAGAAGAAGUAGAGUUCUAAGAAGGCAAUGGGAUCCUGUCUUGAUGAGUCACAGGGAUCACAUUAAAAAUGACUUUGCUAUGAUGGAAGAAGUGAAUCCCCUGCUUGUGUAGAAUCCUCCACUCCCCAGCCUGCCCCAUUCUUUGUUUGCUGGAGGUCUGAGUACUGCUCUCCCUCCGAGGCCGGAUGCUAUGGCUGUAGUCCAGGCAUAGUCCACACUAGAAAGAUGAUUCAGAGUCUGAGGUGAGGCCCCAGGUGCCAACAGGAUGACCUCCAGGCCCUCACUUCCCAUCUGGGGCUCUGCUCCUUCCUACAAAGGCCAACCCAAAGCUGUCCUGGCUCAGAGAUGAUGAAAAAAUCAUGGGCUGGAAAGACAGUGUCAGAAGGGGUCUGGAGCCUCAUUUCCUGCUACCGAUAAAAACUGUCCUUCCCAUUUUUCUGUAAGUGGCUGAUAUGAAUAAGAACAGGCAAGAGGGAAACCCUUUGUGUCAAGUCCCUCUCCUUAAGGAGAAGGCCUCGGGGGUCUGUGCUGCUAGCGGGUGCCUAAGUCACCCCCCAGACAGGCUUUGGGGGCCUUCUGUCUUCAUCUCCUUGAAUGUACAUAGGAACAGGGGAGGAGAGUCUCUUAAUGAAGUGCCUGAAACCCAGAGCUAGAGCUUCUGGAGACACCGUUCCUGUCUCAGCUUUGCCAGCUUUUCCCCAAAAUUCUUUAGUCUCAUGCUCCAGCUUCUCAGAAAGAAUAAAAGGACUUCCAGUUUGAAUUAAGCAGAAGGUGAUACUCAAUAAUCAAUCUUUAAGAGUAAGAUCAAACUACAGCAAAAGGCAGAGAAUUGCAGGGAGAAACGAUUCUUACUUUAACAACCCAAAUCUACUCUCCCCAAGCUGAUUAAGCAUAUGUAUUCUUUUAGGGAACUAAGAGAGGAGCAUGUUAUUAUAUUUUAUUCUUCAAAAGAGUAAUGCAAAAGUAAAUCAGUAGAAUAUGAAAAGCUCAGGAUCUCUCCCAAAGCCACUGCAAGAGGGCCAACAGGUAAAAUGGGAAGGAUGGCAACAAGAACUGAUUUUGUAGCUCAUCCAAUUAGGACGGCAUACCUUAGGAAGGGCAUCGUGGCAGCGAUGAUGAAUAUGCACUGUCAAAGUCAUCCAGUCUGCACCCUCCUAUAGCUGCCCAGUAAACUCAUCUCUUUAUAGUUUCUUUAUAGUGUAAGUUUGGCAUGUCCUCUUUGGCUGUUUUGGUUGGUUAGGAAUGCGUUACAGCUCCUUCCCUUCUCCAUCAGUCUGGGCCCAUAUCCCAGAGCUCUGCUUGAUUCAAAUGGUCUCAAGGGUAGGUGUGGGGAGGGGGAAGCUUUUUUUGAAUCACCUUUUGGUCGUUGAAUCUGCCAUUUUAAGAGUAAGAUUUGCUUUAUGCAAAUCAAUUCAUUAAUAAGGAUUACAUUCGAGUUGCAACACCCCUUCACAGUGAAAUAUUUUGAGUAAAAGUUUGUUGCUAGAAUAGUCAUGGACAAGAGUUUUAUUAGCAAAAUGUUUCAAUUAUGUUAAUAAAUAACACAACGUACCAGA